AUGUCCGAGAAGAAGACUGUUCCCUCGAAAGCGGCCGCUGCGCCCGCCGCCCAGCAGCAGCAGGCCCGUGAUCUCGGCCGUGUUCUCGUGAUUGGAGGCAAUGGCUUCCUCGGCCACCAUGUCGUCAACCAGAUCCUCGACGAGCCUCUCUGGAGCGCCUCAGCCGUCUCCGUCAUCGACCUCAAGUGCCAACGCAACCGCCGUCCCGACGCCGACCGCGUCGCCUACCACGAGGCCGACAUCUCGGACGCCGACCGUCUGCUCUCCAUCUUCGAGGAUGUCAAGCCCGACGUCGUCAUCCACACGGCCAGUCCCGCCCCCCACGCCGCCGCCGCCGUCGCCAACGACCUCUUCAAGAAGGUCAACGUGGACGGCACCGCCGCCGUCAUCCGCGCCUGCCAGCAGACCGGCGUCACCGCCCUCGUCUACACCAGCUCCGCCAGCGUCAUCAGCGACAACAAAAGUGAUCUGAUCAACGCCGACGAGCGCUGGCCCCUGAUCCGCGGCGAGGCCCAGACCGAGUACUACACGGAGACCAAGGCCGAAGCCGAACAGCUCGUGCUCGCCGCCAACCGCCAAGAAGACUCCAAGCUCCUGACGACCGCCAUCCGGCCCGCCGGCAUCUUUGGCGAGGGCGACACCAUGGUGACGCACCAGAUGAUCCGCAUCCACCGCCAGAACCGCACCGGCUUCCAGAUCGGCGACGGCGACAACCUCUUCGACUUUACCCACGUCGCCAACAUCGCCCACGCCCACCUCCUCGCCGCCCGCCUGCUCCUCGUCUCCGCCCGCGCCCCGACCGUGCCCCUCGACCACGAGCGCGUCGACGGCGAGGCCUUCAUCGUCACCAACGACGCGCCCAUCUACUUCUGGGACUUUACGCGCGCCAUCUGGCGCGCCGCCGGCAGCGACAAGGGCACGAGCCACGUCUGGGCCAUCCCGCGCGAGCUCGGCCUCGUCCUGGGCUUCGCCUCCGAGGUCGUCUUCCACAUCCUCGGCAAGACGCCCACCUUUACGCGCCAGCGCUGCGUCUUCAGCUGCAUGACGCGCUAUUACAACAUUACCAAGGCCAAGCGCGUGCUCGGCUACCGGCCCAUUGUGAGCCUCGACGACGGCAUCAAGAGGGGCGUUAGGUGGUUCCUCGACCAAGAAGCCGCGGGCCUCAUCGAGAAGGUCGUAUGA